AUGGCUGCGCUGCAGGCGGGGCGGCUGCGGGACUGCGUGGCGCACGCGGGCUUGAAUGUGGCGCUUUACCGGGAGCGGCUGGGGCCUGCGGACUUGGGGCCGGAGGACGUGCGGACCGUUGAUGACCUGGCCAAGCUACCGUUCACGGUGAAGCAGGACCUUCGCGACCAUUAUCCCUACGGGCUGUUCGCGGUGCCGUUGUCUGAAGUGGUGCGGAUCAAUGCUCUGUGCAGCGGGACAACGGGGAAAAUGACGGUGGUGGGGUACACCGCCAAUGAUGUGGCAAUGUGGGCCGACCUGGUGGCCCGGGCGUUGAGCAUCGCGGGGGCGGACCGGAACGACGUCAUUCAUGUUGCAUACGGCUACGGGCUGUUUACCGGCGGGCUGGGGCUGCACACGGCGGCGAACGGCUGGGGCGACGGUGGUGCCGGUGUCGGCGGGGAACACGCGGCGGCAGGUGGAACUGGCGCAGGACUUCGGGGCGACCGUGCUGUGCUGCACACCUUCGUAUUCGCUGCUGAUCGGGGAGCAGGCUGCGGAGGCCGGGGCGGACCUGAGCCGGCUGAGGCUGGAGUGUUCGUGCCGAGCCCUGUCGGAGGAGAUGCGUUCGGAGAUAGAGGCGCGCUAGCAUACGCGCUGGACAUAUACGGGCUGUCGAGGUGA